UGCCCCGCCAUUGUAUUGUUUAGGGCACUGCAGCUACAGAUCGCGCCGUCUUUCCGCUCCAAACAGACCGCGUCCCUGAGGUCCGAGAUUUGUGCAAUAACUUUUACUCAAUAGCCAUAAAAUGUCGACCUCAGGCGAUCCCAUCGAUGUGCUCAAGACCGUAGUCGGCAGUGCGCUGACUCUCGUCGGCCAACUUGACGCCGUGAUUACGAAGAUUGCCACGCAAAAGCAAGCCAACACCACCAGCGAGAUUCAGCGGCUGGUUGAGCAACCCGCUGCCGGAGGAAACCCCCUUGACGGACUUUCUCUGGCACACGAUUCUGCCGCUUUGAUCAAGGCGCAUGCCACCAAGAUAUCUCUCCUGAUCAUCAACGAGCCUUUUACCCCAACGGCCAUCACGAAGGUCGUUCGAGAGCUUGUUGCUGGACCUGUACCUAGCCUUGCCGCAGCUGUCGAAGUGUGUACGCCGGCUAGGUAUACAUAUACCAUCCAGAAGGACCUGGCUUGGCGAGCCGGCCGGGUACUCAGGGAGCUCAAAGAACUCUUGUCGCGAGUCCCCCAGGAUGGAAAGGUCCUUCCGGCGGCAAAGAAGAACGCUCCGGCCGGAGCGCCAGAGGGUAGGGGCAGCAUUGCCACAACUGGCGUGCUGUGGUCUGCUUGUGACGACGUGAUGUCAUUCGCGAAGCGCGGGUUCGCCGGCGCCCUGACACACAAGGUCGAGCAGCUCAACGACACUCUGAAGGAUGUGAUGGAGGAGUUGAGAGACUGGGGGGAGGAAACCGAAGACGACGACGAGAGCGACGAUGGCCAAGAGGCGGAAGUCAAUGACGGCAUCUCUCAGGUGACCUCGCAACUCGAGUCCACCUCGCUGUCCGAGACGCGAGAUGCCCAGGACAUUUUGGACGACUUGAUGAACUCCCAGAGGCACAUCCCCCGAGACGAUCCGGACAAGAUACGGGAGCGCCUGGAUUCGUGUCUCAGAAGACUGCGCCUGACCACCCUGCUUUACCAGGCAGCGGUGAAGCGCAGACUCAAGCCUUUGCCAUACGUACCUCCAGCUUCACACUCUGAUGUCCCUGCCCGGUUGGACGAGGUCAUUGCUGUGCUCAAACGGAUGCCCGAAAGAUUCGGCAGUCUGGCAAUGGCGUUCUACGAAUUGGACCGCGUCGAGAUUGACCGCCUAAUGGACGAGUGUUUCUUCGACGCGUUUGCUGCCUCCGAGCUGCUAGCCAAGCCUUGGGAUGGCCAGAAAGACGAGUUCACUGACUGGGCGUUGCGAUUUCAGGUAGAGAUAAAGAAAGGUUGAAGUAAGCGUUUGAUGGCCGCUUGAACCGUCAUUACCUUCUGACUAUUCUCCCCAACCUGAGCAACACCCAUGCUCUCUCGGUAUCCGUAAGCCAUGAUUCUCGUCCAGUGCUAUCCAUCCCAAUUGAAGAAUUCCGUGGAAUACGC